AUGAGUAUUAUGAGUUGGAAUUAUCGAGGGUUUGGGAACCCUCAAACAGUUCGAGACUUUUGCCGUCUGGUGAAGGUUAAGAAACCCGAAAUGGUUUUUCUUAUGGAAACCAUUUCAAGACAGAGUAAAAUGGAGCGGAUUCGGUGUAAAUUGGGGUUUCCCAAUAUGUUGGUGGUAGAUUGUGUGGGGAAAAGUGGUGGCUUGGCACUGCUAUGGAAUGACGACGUGGGGGUGGAGAUACAAAAUUACAGUUGUCGCCAUAUCAACGCUAAAGUUUGUUUAACUCCUAAUAAAGGGUUUUGGAAAUUUACAAGCUUUUACGGUCAUCCGGAAGCAAACAAAAGAAGAGAGGCAUGGGGCCUUCUACGUUAUCUCGUGACCAUGGCUCCCGAACCUUGGAUUUAUUUGGGGGAUUUUAACGAGAUUCUGUAUGUGUCCGAAAAAUUGGGUGGCAAAGACAGACAUAGGGGAUUUAUGGAAGAUUUCCAAUCCACUUUGACAAAUUGUAAUUUAAUGGAUUUGGGCUACAGGGGGCCCAAAUUCACAUGGAACAAUGGCAGGGAUGGAGAAGCUUUUGUACAAGAAAGACUAGAUCGAGUAGUGGCGAAUGAAGGGUGGAGAGCAUUUUUUCCCAAAGUCGAUAUUUUGGUGGAGGGAACUUUAUGUUCGGACCAUUUACCUUUAUUUGUCACGUUGCAUGAAGACAAGCGGCUGGGUAGGAAUAUUCAUCCAUUCAAGCAUGAAGCUUAUUCGUUACUGGAUGAUACAUAA